GGAAGGCGGGCGGGGAAGGAUGCUGAGGCCGGCGCCGUGGCUGCCAAACGGGAGCGAGCCGGGGAUCCUGCGUCGGGCAGCCGCGAGGGGAGCAGCGUCGCGGUCAUGCCCAGCUCCCCGUCGGCGCCUCCCGGGCCGGACCCGGAGGAGCACUACGACUUCCUCUUCAAGCUGGUGCUGAUCGGCGAUGCCAGCGUGGGCAAGACGUGCCUGGUGCAGCGCUUCAAGACCGGGGCCUUCUCUGAGCGCCAGGGCAACACCAUCGGCGUGGACUUCACCAUGAAGAGCCUGGAGAUCCAGGGCAAGCGGGUCAAGUUACAGAUCUGGGACACGGCUGGUCAAGAAAGGUUUCGGACUAUAACCCAGAGUUACUAUCGAAGCGCCAAUGGAGCUAUUCUAGCCUAUGACAUUAGUAAGAGAGGCUCUUUCCAGUCCAUUCCUCGCUGGAUCGAGGAUGUGAGGAAAUAUGCAGGCUCCAAUAUAGUACAGUUGCUAAUUGGAAACAAGUCUGACCUAAGUGACCUUCGGGAGGUUCAACUAGAAGAGGCUCAGAACCUGGCUGAACACUAUGAUAUCAUCUGUGCCAUAGAGACUUCUGCAAAGGACUCCAGCAAUGUAGAGGAAGCUUUUGUCAAGAUGGCCACAGAGCUCAUGAUGAGACAUGGAGGCCCUGUGUUCAGUGAGAAAAACACAGACAGCAUCAAACUUGACAGCAAGGAUGUCGUAGAAGGGUGGGGGUGUGGCUGCUGAUAAUUCAAUUGGUCUCAUUGUUACUGGAAUGUAGAGGAUACAUUCUCUUCUCCUUCACUCUGGGUCUCUUCUAUACAUAGACACUUUGCACAAGCUUUGUGUUUUGUAAGUUAAGGGAUUAACAUUUGCAGCAUGUUUUUAAUAAUGAAGGAACUUCCUUGUGUAAAACUGAAACUGUGUGGCAGUCAUUCCGUAGCAAUUUCUACUAGAUUUUUUUUUUAGAGGAGUUAGUGCAAUUUGGCAAUAAGUUGCACAGAAUGACGCUACUAAAAUAUCUUCAUAGAAAAUAGUCUGAGUGAAAACUGUUAUUUUACUACCGGUAUUCACUGAAAUCUCGGUAGGGGACUUUUAUCAACUUGGAUGACAUUUAAUGCUUUUAUGACAGCAGGUUUUCAGGGUGCCUGUUUAAACUCUCCACAUUCCGGGGGGG